GUUGCUGGGGUCCGGCACAAGAGCAUUCAGGGCCCACUCUGCACCCGCCGACUCGCGGCUCCUGGCGCCUGUCCCAGCCCCAGCUGAUGCUUUGGGGUUUUUCAGCACUUUCCUGGAGAACGAAGCCCUUCUGUGGCCGAGUGACCCCGCGCCUGAGCUGCUCUGAUGCAUCUUGACAUGCAUCAAGGUGAAUCACCAUCCCGGGUGACCCCCCACAGUGACAGCUCAGGUGCCCUCCCUCGGCUCCUCCCGGGGCACUGUUAACCCUUUACCUCCCCAAGGAUGAGCCAGGGAAGCUGAGGCAGGACCUCUGGAGCUUCUGCCAGAGAUCCCUGUGGUGGGCAUCAUCCCUCCUUCUCCCAGCCAGACCCAGCAGGCAUAGCUGGAGCAGCAACUUGGAGCUGUGUGGGUUGUCAGGCACAAAAGUGUUUGAGUUUUCAAGCUGUCUUUUAUGGAAAAUUGGGUUUCUCUCCUCAAAGAGGGCUGGGGGCCUGCCAGGAUGGCUGCGGGUUACUCCAGGGUGGGGAGUGGGAGAGGAUCUGGUGUGCACUGGGAUGGAGGAGGUUUUUGUCCUGGGAUGGAGGUGAUUGCCAGGGCUGAACGUCCUCCUGGGCUGUAGCCAAGCUGUGUGCUCAGCCCAGGGGUGCUGGUGGUCAUGCAGUCCCCCAGGACCUGCCUUGCCGCCUCUCUGGCUAACGAUGCUUUGCGGGUCCUUCACGUCUCCACAACUGGGCAGGAGCUGGCCUUGGCUCUCCCUGUCUGUGCCCACCCCCCGCUGGUCCUGCCCCCCAGCACCCAAGAGGGGCCGUGCCUGGCUGCUGGGUGCCGUGGGCGCCCCAGCCCUGGUGCCUGCCUGGGGUGGAGUUAUGCUAAUGCUGCUCCCCAUCCCUCAGCUCAGCCGUGCCGCUCGGCAUCCUCUCCAGGACGCGGGCGACACCGGCUCUGCCAUGGCCACCUGCCCCGAGCUGCAGCCUGGGCAAGAGCCUUGCUGGGGGAUGCGCUUGCUGCGGGACCCCCGAGGAUGCGGUGCAAACCCACCCCAUGGCACAGCAUCACCGAGGCCAUCGCUUUCUCUGGGGAGGGGGAGCCCCGAAGGGCUGGAGCCCCCAUGGGAUGGAGCGGCAGCGGGGCCGGGAGCCCUUGGCAGUGGUGGCAUCGUCUCGCAUCCCUGUGCAGCCCCCAGUCGGGCUGUGCUGUGGUGGGGGCUGGUGCUGAGCCCCCACCCCAGGUCAAGGACGGCCAUGGGGUGUGUGGGGGUCCUGGCCACCUCAGAAGACCCCGAGGAGCGGCGGGGUGCCCAGGGGGAAGGUCCCCAUCCCUGUCCCCUGGAGCACCAGGAGCCAGCUGCCAUCCCCGCACCGCCAGCUAUAAAGCGUUUCCUGAAGGAGGACUCGGAGGAGGCUGAGUUGACCCAGUUCCUACGGGAUUGCCCACCGGCUGACAGCCCCAGGAAGGUGGAGCCCCCGGAGAGCCGGCGGGAGCCCGGCCACCCCCUCUGCGGCGUGGGCAGGGUCCCCCCUGACGAACCUGCCGACGAGAGGGACGCCAGGAUCUUCUCCCGGUCUCGGCCCUCGGAAUUCCAGCAGCACAUCGCCGCCCCCCCACCCCCCAGCCCCAACCGCCCGCGGAGCCCCUGGGGGCAGCUGGACCCCUACGACUCCUCCGAGGAUGACAAGGAGUACGUGGGCUUCGCCACGCUGCCCAACCAGGUCCAUCGGAAGUCGGUGAAGAAGGGCUUCGAUUUCACCCUCAUGGUGGCAGGGGAAUCUGGGCUGGGCAAGUCCACCCUGGUCAACAGCCUCUUCCUGACGGACAUGUACAGGGACCGCAAGCUGCUGAACGCUGAAGAGCGUAUCACGCAGACGGUGGAGAUCACCAAGCACGUGGUGGACAUUGAGGAGAAGGGUGUCAAGCUGCGCCUGACCAUCGUGGACACGCCAGGCUUUGGUGAUGCUGUCAACAACACUGAGUGCUGGAAGCCGGUGGCCGACUACAUCGACCAGCAGUUUGAGCAGUAUUUCCGUGAUGAAAGUGGCCUCAACAGGAAAAACAUCCAGGACAACCGCGUCCACUGCUGCAUUUACUUCAUCUCGCCCUUCGGCCACGGGCUCCGGCCCAUGGAUGUGGAGUUCAUGAGAGCCCUGCACCAGCGGGUGAACAUCGUGCCUGUGCUGGCCAAGGCUGACGCCCUGACCCCCGCCGAGGUGGAGCGAAUGAAGAACAAGAUCCGGGAGGAGAUCGACCACUACGGCAUCCGCAUCUACCAGUUCCCUGAGUGCGACUCAGAUGAGGAUGAGGAGUUCAAGCUGCAGGACCAGGCGUUGAAGGAGAGCAUCCCUUUCGCUGUCAUCGGCAGCAACACAGUUGUGGAGGCCAAAGGCCGGCGUGUCCGCGGGCGCCUCUACCCCUGGGGCAUUGUGGAAGUGGAGAACCUGUCCCACUGCGACUUCGUGAAGCUGCGGACGAUGCUGGUGAGGACCCACAUGCAGGACCUCAAGGACGUGACGCGGGAAACCCACUACGAGAACUACCGCACGCAGUGCAUUCAGAGCAUGACCCGCAUGGUGGUGAAAGAGAGGAACCGCAACAAGCUGACCCGGGAGAGCGGGACGGAUUUCCCCAUCCCUGUCAUCCCCCCGGUGCCGGAUGCGGAGACAGAGAAGCUCAUCCGGGAAAAGGACGAGGAGCUGCGGCGGAUGCAGGAGAUGCUCCAGAAGAUCCAGAAGCAGAUGAAAGACUCGCACUAGCCCCCUCCUCCUCCUCCUGCCCACCCCCCCCCCAUCCCCCAGAUCAGAAAUGUUUACAUCACGCUCCAUCCUGCCCCG